AAUAAUUACAUACCUUUUUAAUAAGUGGUAGUUUAACGAAUCGUGGAGUGGUGUAGUUAAAGAGCAACGAACUGAAUGUUAUCGAGUUCGUUCACCUGUUACGUCGCUGAUGAUUUAAUAAAACCAUCAGUCGUUCAGUUUCAUUGAUUUCUCGAAUCGAUUAGUCUAAACCCUUUUAAUAAAAAUGGCUGCUACGAAAUGCGCAUGUCAAGCGGUUUUUUGGUGUUGAUAAACAAAGAAAAUUGAGCAAACGCGUGUUCCAGUUAUCUAUUAAUCGUCGGCAUUGUUUGUCGGCGCGUCGUCGGCAUUGAAUAACAGAAAAUUUCGAGACGGUGAUAAAAGAUUGACAGCUACAACGGAGUGUCAAAACAAAAACGACAACGUCGAACGUGACGUUGAGGUUAUGGACAACUUCGUCAAGAUAGAAAAAAUUGGGGAAGGAACCUAUGGGGUGGUUUAUAAAGCGAAAGAUAAGUUAACCGGAAAACUGGUGGCACUUAAAAAAAUUCGUCUUGAGACGGAAAGUGAAGGUGUUCCAUCCACUGCUAUUCGAGAAAUAUCAUUAUUAAGGGAACUUACACAUCCAAAUAUUGUUCAAUUAUUUGAUGUAGUAGAUGGUGAUAAUCAUCUCUACCUUGUCUUUGAAUUCUUGCAACAAGAUUUGAAAAAAUUAUUAGAUUUUGUUAAAGGAGGAUUAGAUCAGGCUCUUGUAAAGGUAUUCCUCUCAAAAGUCAAGAUUCAAAUUAGGUGUAUGCAUUGUUCAAAGACAAGUCUAUUAUGUUUACAGAGCUAUCUAUAUCAAUUAUUGAAAGCAAUAUCGUUCUGCCAUCUUCGGUGCAUUUUGCACCGAGAUCUAAAGCCACAGAAUCUGUUAAUAGAUCGGGAGGGUCAUAUAAAAUUGGCAGAUUUUGGUUUAGCCAGAACUUUUGGUGUUCCUGUUCGUACAUACACACAUGAAAUAGUAACAUUAUGGUAUAGAGCACCAGAAAUACUUUUAGGAACGAAAUUUUAUUCUAAUGCCGUGGAUGUUUGGAGUCUUGGUUGUAUAUUUGCAGAAAUGGCAACCAGAAGAGCUCUGUUCCCGGGUGAUUCAGAAAUAGAUCAACUGUUUAGGAUAUUUCGUACAUUAGGUACACCUGACGAGAGCAUUUGGCCAGGAGUGUCACAGCUACGCGAUUACACAUCAAUGUUUCCGAGAUGGGAACCUCGGUGUUUAGAUGAAGUUGUACCUUCCUUUGAUUCUGAUGCCAAAGACUUACUUUUGAAACUCUUGACUUAUGAUCCCAGUCAAAGGAUAACAGCAAAGAAAGCAUUAAGUCAUUCUUACUUUAAUGGAGUUACAUUAGUUCCACCACCAUUGCCAAAGAAAAACUGAUAUAGCUAAACAGGAUGGGUCAUAAGAUAUGUAAUUUGAAAUAUUUCUGGUAUCCUUAAUAUUAAUAAAAAAAUUCAAAAUAUUAAUAUUUUGAUUUCAAAAAAAUGUAUCAUAUGACUAUUUAAUUAUGAAUGUAAAUAAUAUUACUGCUUCUCCCCAAAAUACAUCACAGUAUUAAAUUUUACUGUAAUAAAAUAAUUAAUUCGUUUAUUUAUGUAGAACAACAGAAAUAUUUCGGAUGAAUAUAAUUCGUGACCCGUACUAUACUGUCCCUUAAUUUACCUUGUUUCAUAGUUCUCAUUUCACAACAGCACAAAACUGCCAAUAAUAUAAUUAUUAAAGUCAAAUAUAUUUGGAAUCUCUUAUUAAAACGUACUUCCAAUUUUAACACAUCGAAAAUGUAUAUGCAAUAAAGGUCUAUUUUGCUAUGUA